AUGAAUGCCGAAGAGAUGUGGUUCUCCGCGCGCCGGUGCCCAAUAAGUUUCCACGAAAGUCGUUCAAUGCAAAAAGAUUCGGUAAAUGGCGUAAAUCUAUUAAAAGCGUGACUAACGCGAUUAACUUUUCAAUGAAAUAUUCCGUAUCGACAGAAAUCCAACGAGAGCGUUCGAGGAGUUUUCGUUACUUGAAAAGCGGUAAGCAUCUAUCUAUAUGCGAUACGCCAUCCAAAAUGACAUCGCGAAAUAAAUCGUAAAUGUAUAAGAAUAAUGUUACAACUCAAAAAUGUAGAUUUUCCAGUACAGUCGUUUAAAUGUUUUUCGUGUCUUGUAAUAAUUCUCGUCGAGAUAUUGGAUUUUUUAGAUUUUAAAUUUUGUUGGGGGUGGCUGUACUAGUGUUUACUUUGCGGUCUAACAUUAACAAGUUUUUUUUGAUGACAUUAAGAAUAACCAUCAUAAAUGUUCAGUUUUCGUCACUAUUUUAAGGUAUUAUACGAUCUUCCCGAAAAGUAUAUUUCACACCAUAUCGAUAUUUUGAACACGUAAGUGGUUGUUGGACGCAGUAGAAGGAGAUUUCAAUACAGUAGGAUUCCAGGAGUGUAGUUUUGAAAUAUUCCAGAACCGCAAUAUGCGGGAGGUAAUAGCGGUAAAAACUCUGAGACGAUCUAAAACCCAGAGAAAAGAACAACAAAAAUAUACUCUUACUCGAAUAUUUUACAAAUCUGUCUUGUUAGGCUUGCAGUCCUGUAUAAUGUAGUCUGCAGAUCUAGUGUUAUAGUGACUUGCCGAAUCUGCGCGUUGUAUUGUUUCGACGCGUCGGUCCGCAUUGACGCGGCUGCUGCUGUAUAACGUCUUGGUCGCAACGGGUAAAAAAAAAAACCGCACAGUUUAUAGUCGGGCCACCGUCGUCGUCGACACGGUACGGUCGUAAAUAUCCGUAUACGCGUACAUACCAACAACUUCCGGUCAGUUUCCGGUUCACGGAGUGUGUGUGCGGAUAGAUAAUAUGCAGAUAAUAUCCGGAGGGGAGAGAACGGGCGAAACAGACGGUAUUUCGGCGUGUCCUGUCGCGUCUCGUACCGUCGCGGCGGUGACAGCUUCGACCGGACGUGCGGGGGCCCCGUUUAAUUGGUUAACAAAUCCGGUCGCCCGUUUCCAGCUCUCGUCGUCUUCGGAUUCGGACGGACCGUCGCCGCCGUCGACGGAUUCGGACACGCCGAGAAGAAGUUAUCCGAUAAAAUAUACAACGACGGCGACAACGCCGUGCGGCGAUCGGUCGGUCGGUUCGCCGCACGCCGAAUAAUAUUAAUGGCCGGUGCUCGGGGCGCGUUAAUUUAUCGCCGGAGUGAAGAGGAAAAAAAAAAAACAACAACAAAACCCGAGGAGAAAAAAAAAUAAUAAAGAAACGGCCGUCGUCUUCGUCGUCUCCGUCUUGUAUAUUAUUGUCGUCGUCGUGUAUAAAUGUGAACGCGCGCGAGUGUGUGUGUGUGUGUGUGUGUGUGUGUGUGUGUAUGUGUGUGUGUGGAAACGACAACGGGUAUAUCGCGUCUCUUCACGUGUGAACGUUUUUUUUUUUUUUUUUCUUACCCGCGUCUCUUUCUCCAUAUAUUAUUUUAUACACGCGCCCGUUCGUAUACAUGUAUAUAAAUACACACACACGCACACACACACACACACACACACACGAAUUCCUAAAUAAAUAUAAAUCUAAUUGGAUCCGAGAGACGACGGCGUUUAUAAUAUUAUUAUUAUAACACGACGAUGAUCGGGUUUUUCAGCUGCAUUUCCGAGCGUUUGGGUAUUUUUUACGGUAUAUUUUUUAAUAUUGUUAUUGCGCAGUGUGGCGUUGUGCGUGUGGAAUUUUACCGCGGCCAUCGUAUAAUAUUAAUACCGGACGAUCUGGGAACAUUCGAAUUUCGUUUGUAAUUUUUUUUUUUUUUUUUUCACUUCCCAACCCGGAGAGGACACGAACAAACGGUAUUCAACGAUAUUUUUGUACUGCGCCGCAAGAACGAUUGAUGCGCCUCUAAAUAUGUCUUUUGGUAUUGUAGGUACUGACUAAAAUCUGCCUAAAAGUACCAACGAAAAGUGAGCUUUUUUUAUAGUUUUUCAAGUCCAGUGCAUUGAGGAGGUUAUUUUUCGAUUUUCUAGGCAGUUUUAAAUUCAAAAGCUCAAAUUUUUACGAUAAACAUAAAAUGUGCGGCUUUACAAAACUUGUAUUAUCGAACUCCAGAAUCGUAUUUAGUUGAAUGCAUUAUGAAUUAAAUAACUUGAAGUAUACUACCUUUUCAACUUCCUACCUAUUUCAUACUGGACAUAGCAAGUGUUUUACUAUGAUGUGUGUGGUUUUUUUUUCUAUCUGUAAACAACUUUUCGAACAGAAAACGCAUUGCAGUCGGGAAAUAACAAGAGACAUUUUUUUGUUACAUUUCGGAUCUAGUUGGUGCAUCAAUGAGUUCAUUUGUUGAUUUUCCAAUAUGGGAUUUAAAAAAAAUUUGGAAAUCCGAAAAAAAAUUAUUAGAAAAAUGGUCAAAUAUGUUCGUCCUGUCGGGGGAAAAACGUUGAAAGAACGGGAGAAAUUAUUUUCAAUUUUGUUUUUUUGUUAUAAUUCGGAUAAAAAUAGUGGCAGAGACUUGGAAUUUUUACAGGUUUGUAUUGGCCUAUUCCAGACGUAAUUCGUUUUCAAAAUAUUCUGAAAAUAUUUUGUUUUAAUAAAAACUUGUAUAAUAUUCAAAUAAAAAUAAUCGUAUAUUAAUUAAUCACAAAUAAUAAUUUGUAUAGACUAAUGCCAAUACAAGUAAUUUAAGUUAUAGUUCAAUAAAGAUAACAAUAAAAACCAAUUGAAAUUAACAGUUUGAUAAACAUAAAAACUAGAAAAAUAAACAAAUCGUAAAAGCAAAAUAUUAAGUGAGAUUUAGCAUAUAUAAAAAACCGUAAGGACGAAAUAUCGUGUCUUUUUCACAAGUGCUUUACCGACUAAUCAACAAGCCAAUUCGGAGCUUCGAUGUAUUUUUUAUUUUGUUAAUUUCCUCAUGUUUUUGUUAUUAACCGAACUUGUUUCAUCGAAUAGUUCAAACCCUCAAAAAGCUGUUUAAAGCAAGUUCAUAAUAAAUACACGAUUACUUUUGUUUAUAAUUGUAUUACUUUACUAAAGUAAAAAAUAAUAACAUUACUUUCGUUAUAAUAAUCACAUUUUUUUAUGUACGUUUAUCUGAACUUGUUCGUCAAUAAUAUUUGACAGAAUUAAUGUUUAAUUUUGCGUUCCUUAAUUCGUGGUCCUGUAUUUUAUUUUAAAAUAACACAAACUAUUUACAAAUAGGAAUUAAUUUAUUCUUGAGUUUUAUCGUCGUCUUGAACGUCUUUGCAUGACAAUUGCGAAUAAUUAAAAAGUCAGUCACUGGUAUUUAUUCCUUCGUAUUAUAAAGUCCAAAAUGAUAUUUUAAAUGGAUAGUGUAUUGUAUAUUUAUAUUACACAUAUUUAUGAGAGUGAGAUUAAAAUUAUAAAAUUAUUAAAAUUGAUUGAUUGUAUACUUAGCAUUUCUGUGACAAGUUUUUUAUCAUGCUAACCGAUUAUGUUAACUUUGCGUUGGCGGUCCGCUUGACCGUACACGUUUAAAAACACUUCCCUUUUAAAUUGAUUCAUAACCGUUUAACUCGAUCAUCUAUGAAAAUCAUGUCGUUAAAAAUAAGAAAAAUUAAAAAUUAAUAAGUAUAUAUUUUCCCAUCGAAAUUUACGCAAAUUAAUUUAUAAUUUAUUUUAAUUUUAAAAAAAUUGUUCGUUUACGUUGUGAUUUCGACCGAUUUAUCUUGCAGUUAUACAUUUUCUCUCAUAUAGUUUAUUUUUCGUAUCUUUUAAUUCGAUGAACAAUUAUUUUUCCUGAAAAUUUAAGACUGCAGUUAAUAUCGUUAGUUUAAUAAUAUUUUAGCGUCCUUGACGAUAGUAUUUUCUUCUUUUAAUAAUUUGUCUAUGGUAUUUAUGAAGUUCGUUACAACGGUUUGAAGUUUCCACGCGUGAUCUCAAUAACUGUUUAUCCGAUGUCUGCUUUGGCUUGCACUUUUCCUCCAGCAUGUAGGUAUAACGAUGUUUGCUUUCGAGGACGUUUAACGCAACGAAGACGUAUAUCGCACGCUCGACAUCUUGAUUGUCGUCUGAAACUUUACGAUCUGAGCCCGAACAAUGAUCGGUUCUCACUUCGUCCGAUUUCGCGGUAUGUUUCCUUCUUACUUUUCUCCCGAAACAGUGGCGCACCCAUCUGCAGUAUUCUCUUUUCCGAACGGCGAAGCGCUUCUUGUUCGUCGAAACGUCUACGGCGAUUCGACCGCGUUCCGGUCCAACGGCGUCUACAAAUUAUUAUUACGAUUACAAUAGACGGGUUACGAGUUUAUCGCUUCAGCGGUUUUUAAUAAGUCGUCCGGGCACGGCUUUCCGUUGUCUACAAUAGCGCGAUAAACGAUUGUUAUUAUAAACAUUGGCCGGUUCGUAAAAUUACAUAAUUACCGCGUGCACUAUAAAAAGUAAUAACUGCAACAGACGAAUAAAUCGUCUCGGAAGAUGAAAUUUAAUUUCGACUCGCACAGCGAGCAUUUUAAUGCGGACGGUGUACGGACCGGACGAGAACCCGGCGAAACAUCGCGAUUCGUGUUCGUCCCGCCAACGCGCGCGGCGAUCGUAAUAAUAAUAAUAUUAUCGACUAGUAAUGUAGGGUAUAAAAUCGCUUCGAACGAUUUAUUAUUAUUAUUAUUAUUAAAAACGCGUUUGUGAAUUAUUUCAUUUCUCGUUUGAACAAAGAGGAUACCGAAAAAAAUAUAAAAAAAAAAAAAAAAAACAAUACAUUUAAAUUAAAUAACCAGCCUCGAAAAAUACCCGAUAGUCUUAUACAUCUCGUAUACAGGUAUUGUAUUAAAAUAUUACGUUGGAUACAGAAACGGAAUUCCCGAACGAUUUUCGGUUGAUAUUACAAAGCUGAAUAUUAUUAUUACUACGUCUAUAUAAUACAACGUAUACACCCAGUUAUUAUGCAUUUUCCAUCGCGCAACGUCAGAAAAAUGUGGUCAUCAUAAUUUAUAUUACAGAAUCGUCGACGAGGACCAAUAUUAUAGGUAUUUGAAUAUAAUAAAUAACGUAGUUGUUGAAUUUUUAUUUAUUUAUUUAUUUUUUUUUUUUUUAACGUUUUUAAGGAGGCGAAAUUAUUGUUCGGAAAUACCGUUAGUCGUACGGAAUAAAUCAGCCGUUAAAGCGAAUACAAAUAUACGAUUUAUUUAAAUUUUGACCGCGGGGAAAAAAAAAAAAACCGUAUAAUUAAUGCAAAAAUUUGAUAACAAUAUUAUUACAUUGUAUUUCUCCCUUUCUUUCUUUUACGGUCUCAAUUGCCUUAGGCGUGUGUAUUCUCACUAACACGCGUUAUACCGAAAAUCAGUUUUGUUAUAUGUAUUCGAAUAUUCGUAUUUAAACACUUUUGAUAUACAUUUUGACAGAUGCAUUUCGAAUACUCUAAAAUAUUAUUAUUCCAGAAUGCAAAAUGCAUUCCAGUACAUUUGUUAAUGUCAUCGUUGUAUUACGUAAUAUAUUAUUACGUUAUCGAAGAUGCGCGUUCGUACUUGAUGGUUUUAAAAUUUAAUAUUUACUAAAAUGAUAUUUUGUAAUAGUUGUAAGAGUUUUUAAUAAGAUGUCUUUUAAUGUCCGUAUUCUUAUAACCAACUUCUUAUAACUUAUAACUCAUUUUAAUAACAUCUCAUUUAUCCAAGAUAAAGUCAACCUAACAAACUCAUUUACUUAUAUACCUAAUCAAAUAAUAAUGCUAUUAUACAAAAUUUGAAAUUUAGAAGUUAUUUAAUGCGGACAUUUUUCAAAGCGUAUAAUUCUAUAUGUAUUGAUCGAAAACAUGCUUCUAAAAUAUUUUUAAUAAGUAUUUGCAUUUAUAUCUAAAUACAUACUGUUAUAAAGGAAAAUAUUCGAAUAGAAUUUAAACAAGUAUUCAACAACGUAUUCUGAAUACGUUUGAAAACAGUUUUCCUAACAAGAAUUGCUACCUGGAAAUUGAUAAUAUGAUUGUACUGUUGGUUUGGAAAAAUAGUCUUGAGUCAUAGUUAUUAUAUAUGUCUUAUUCUGUUCAUUAAACGAAUGCAUUUUUUUCUUCUAGAUAUCGAUAUAUUUUUAACUUAUGUCAAUUUAAGCCUUCUAUGAUAAUAUUUGAAUAAUUCUAUAUACACUUAUGUUCACAAAAUGUUAAAAGGUUACAGUAAGUAAUUAAUAGCAAAUUAUCGAAUUAUAUGAAUUUAAGACAUAGAAUGUAAAAAAGCAUAAUGAACGGUCAUAAGGACUCAAUUUAAAAGUCAUAAAAUAAUAACGAUGUAAGUGCAUUUAUCUUGUAGGCACUGAUAUCUUUUAUCUUUAAUUCCUCAAUAUUUACGUCGUUAUAAUAUUACCAUAUCAUUGUUUGGCGUGGAAACCUAAUAAUACGAACGUCUGAAGUGGGGGAGUAGAUACACAUAUUUGAUUUUAAACAUGCAAUUCGUUUUUGUGCUUGAAAAUAUACGAAAUCGAUUUAAGCAUUUUUCUUGAUAUCAAAGACAGUGAAAAUAGAGAGAUAUUUUUUUUCUACAAUAAUACUAUAAAUAUUAUAUAUAGUUUUCUUUCCAGUUGUUCACAAGGUUCGCACACACAAUGCAUUUUAAUCGACGACCUUUUAAUGUACGUAUUAUUUUUAACGGUAUUAUAUUUUUUUUUUUUUUAUAUAAAUAUUUAUUUGCUGGCACUCUCGGAUCCUUGUAGUGAACCGCGACGUCAUUGUGAUGUGUAAAUACCAAUCUGGAAUCCGAAAUUUUAAUUAAAUGUAAAAAAAAAACCCGCUCUUUAAUAGUUCGACAAAACGAUAAAAAAAAUAACAAAUUUAAAAAAUGACCGUACAUAUUAUUAUUAUUAUUAUUUGUACGUGUACUCGCUGGACGCUGUCUUUUUUUUUUUUUAUUUCCUCGUAAAUCGGUCGGUGGUUUUUAAAUUUUCUCGUUGUUUAUACGUGUACACACCACACACUGCACUACAAUGAUGCAUGCCUACGAACCGAAACGCAUUCAACUCAUUUUUAUAAUAUUACUCGAAGCAUAAUAUUUAAUGACGUUAUAAUAUAUUAGACACUAAUACCUAAAAUCAAUGGCGUACACAUAACUUAUGCACGGAGCCAUCGGGGGCAAACAAGGACAUAUUUAGGCUCCCUAAAGAAAUCCCAUUUCGGUCCAUGUCUUUUCGGCUGAAAUAUUUCGUGUUAUCUUUCGAUUGACAGCAUUACACUGUAUAUGCACACCACCGGGGCAGACAAACGGGAAAAAUAAUAUUUAGUAUUUUAGUACCUAUACAUACACGUUAUAUAGGUAUUGACCGCGCCAACAAGACGGGUUCAAAACCGCACUACGGGUCGUCUACCGCCGUUUUGUAGCCCGCAUGAUAAACCGUAAUACAUAAUAACAUACGGUUAGCAAUAAUCAUUUUGGUUUUAUCGGUGAAAACCGAAAAUUAUUGUUAUUUAUGUACACGGUGCCCGCGUCUUCGCGGACGUAUAUGAGUUUGACUCUGUAUGGCCACGUGCAUAUGAAAUUAAUUCACCAUCCCUAGAAUAAUUUUUAACUACACGCAGUAUCGUAUUUUCAGAAAAAAAAAAAAAAAAAUGUGUCCAGUGGCUCAUGCAGCCCAUCAAUUGUAAAUAUAAUAUACAGUAUUACAAAAAUAUGAUUCUACUGCACUACCCGCAUAACGGCUGCAAACGACGGUAUUCUGAUAUAUUAUUAUAAUUGUUUAUUUUUUACGAGAUAAGAUCAAAAAAAAAAAAAAAAAACGAUUUCUAAUGUCCAUUGCAUUUAGUCAAAAAAAGGAAUGCCGGUAUGAGUCGUACAGAAGAUGCGUUCCAAAUAAGUUUUCAUUUUUUGUGUGUACGUAUAAGCCUCAAAGUGUAUACAAUAUUUUUAAAAGAAAUUAAUAAUCGGAUGUAAAUCCUUAUUGCUGAAUAAAAAAGACACCCAUUGAAAUUCAAAGUAUUAAAAUCAUUUACCGAAAUUUUUUUCUACGUUUUAUAAAAAUAAAAGGGUUUUAUAUAAUAUAAUAAGAUGAGUAUUAAUGAAAAAAUUGUAAAUUAUGUGUUGUACUAACAAUAAUUAAGCGCCCCCGUAAAAUUCAAUUUAUGAGGAAACCCACACGGAACAAUAAGUGCUUUCAUUAUUUUUUAGUAAUUAGUAUUAUUCUAGUAGUUUACGGCAUUAAUGCCAUAUACUUUGGUUUUUGGUUUUUUGUUGUAAAUCAGUUUGAAAUUAUCUUAGAAUACUAGCAUUUUUAAAUAAAAUUUAUAUUAGGUUUUUUUUUAGACGUGGAAAAAUGUUCGAAAUAUUUUGCCGAGUUUUGAGCUAUUUAUAGACAUAUUAUAUUACGAGUUUAUUUGAUUAGUAGGUAUAAUUGUUAAUAUAUCAAAUCCAACAAUAACAGUAAUAUUUUGAUAAAAUGUGUUGACCAAUCAAAAAUUCUUGAAAAUUUAACUCGAGGUUUAUUAUAAGAUAUACUUUAACGUUAAAAAAAAAAAAAAAAAUAGAUGAGCCCUAACGUAGUAGUUUUUUUCAUACGAGUUUUAAGAUGACAUUUUAUGAAAAUCGUAAAAACUACGGAAUUUCGGAACAUGUAUGCUUGAACUUCGCUCAGAAUCGUAUUUCGUUAGCAAUAGUUUACCGUUACGAAUAGGUAUUAAAUAACUUUAUACAUCCCACCUACAACAGUGGCGUAACUGUCAGCACUAUAAGCUAUUUUUUUUUAAAUAUUGAACUGCGUACAGACAAUGACGGCCACUAACUUAACAAAUCUUACUACCCGUCCUCCUUUUAUUUAAUAGUUCGGACAGCGUACCAAGAUUGUAGUAGACACUGUUAAUAUAUUUGUCUUACACAAAAUCAUCCCCUAAAGAUCGGUCAAAAUCGAGCAUCAUAUCAUUUAUAUCGUAUCUAUCAACUUUUCACAUAUGCUUGAGCACCGUUUAGAAUACAACCCUAUGUUCAUAUAUUUUCGAACAACCAUCGCCUAUGACAUGCGUGACACAAUUGAUACAUUUUAACCAUAAUUUGGGACGGCACUGCAGGAAUUAGAUAAAUGGUGACGACUACGGUUAUCUAGAAUAUUUCGAUGUAAAACCAGACAAUCGCUAACAGUGUUAUAAACCGGUAUCAUUUAUCAGUUAUAAUUUUUUUAAAGUUUUAUUCAACAGACGGAAUAAUUUAAGAAAAAAAAUCAAAUUUGAUUUAAUUUAGUAUUCUAAUAAUUUAUAACGGAACCACGUUAAAUUAUUUUUUUAUUACUAAUGGAGAAAAAAUACUUAACCCAAUACGUCUCCACAAAUAUUAAAGUUUCAAUCAUAAAUACAAGUACGAAGCUAAUCGUUCCGUUUUAUUCGGUUGAACAAUAAGCAAUUAUUAGUUUAUAUUAAAUUAAGCAACGAUAUGGAAAUCGAAUCGCUAUUAUUAUUACGGUCAAAUUGAUUUCGAAUUGCGUCAUAACAAUAUCGUCAGGUCACCUUUGGCAAUUUAUUAUCGGAACGCAUAUUUAAAACGAGUGCGUAAGAAAGUCUAAAUUGCAUUUAUCGUUAUUUGAUCGCAGUAAUAAUUUUUUAAAUUCUGGGCGUAGCAAGGAAUGUGUUUUAUUACGUGUGCUUUCUUUUGGUUCUUUUUCAGAGUUUAAAAUAACCUUAAAUACCAGUAUUUUUUUUUUUUUUUAUACGCGUGUCCAAUGUUUUGAAAAGCUUAUAGUCCAAAUUUCUAUGGAAAACUUGAAAAACGCAGAAAUCCGAAAUAUUUUUAUAAUCGAUCUACGCUCAGAAUCUUUUUUCGUUAGCAAUAAUUUAUCGUUGCGUACAGGUGUCACAAAUUUGAUUGUUCUUUAUAAGCUAAUUCGAGUAUUUUUGAAUUUGUUCAGUUAUUAUAAUUAUUAUAGACAAUAUGAGCUCAAAUGUCUUAAUUUCUGCUUAAAAUAAAAAAUAUAUAUUGUUUCCUGCGUGAACAUAGACGCUUCUGAGAUUCCAACUUAUUCUAACCCGACUAAAAUGUUAUUACACGAUAUUUUCCUAACCAGAAUAGAGUAAUAUCACGAAUAUUUUCAAUUCGGAGAGAUUACAGAAUAUCGUAAAGAACUCUGAAACAUUAAAAGUCGAUUUCCAACAGUUUCGUAUUUCGCGACGCAAUAAUAUUAUACUCAUCCGGUGGCGCGUUCCACCGAUUAUUAUAAUAAUAUUGUUACAUUCGACACGAGCAUUUCAAUUUGCAAACUUUUUUGAUUUGUUUAUAAUUGUAAUGUACGAUUCGAAAACCGAGUACUCGUACACUCGUAUUUAUUAUAAAACAAUGCGCCGCCGCCGCCGCCGCCGGUCGUUGGUGCUCGACGUUCGGCGGCAAAACGACGGGGUUUAAAAAUUAAACAGAUCCGUAAAACUUUUUAAUCGAAACGGCUAAAGGUAUACGCGUGUAUAUAACGCGAUACAAUAUAAUAUUAUUACGCGACUAUACGGGGAAUAUUAUAUUAAUAUAUACCCACUUUAAAAAUGAUUACAGCCGAUUCCGCGGGCGUAAGGAGACGGGGUCGCGAGAGGCGGCGGCGGAGACGGGGGUAAAAUCUGCGAAUAAGAAAUCCAUUUCGUUUCGCGCGCGGAAGUUCAACGCAGUUGUUGUUUGUCUUACUUACUCUCUUAUUAUUGUACAUUAUUACGAGUACCUAUAUAUGUAUGCAUAUAGUUUCUCGACUCCGUAUAUUACGAAGAAAAUUACAUUGUUCGGCGUGCCUUAUAAUUCGAGAACGGGGAGUUUUAAAUGUGUGUGUGUGUGUGUGUGUGUGUGUGUGUGUAUUUACACGCGCGUAUUUUCAUAAUUCGGUCAGACGCGAAAACUUCGCGAAAUUUCGAAACCGAACAACGGUAAUGUAAUUUUUUACGCGACCGAGUCGGCUCACGUAAAUAUUAUGCGUGUACCGUAUUAAAAGUAUUAUACAGAGGACUUUCGAAGUCACUUUGUUUGUUCUAAGUGGUGCCGGGUUAUAACCCGAUAUAACUCGGCGUCGGUAACUUUUCACAUACUUACACGUACCUAAUUUUUUUUAAGUUCCUCAAAGCGGUUCACGUUUUUUUUUUCUUUUUCGUUCGAUACACCCGACCCUCCUAGUAUUUGUUAAAUAUACGCCGACACCGAGCUCUAACAUUAUUAGUACCUAUUAUACUUUUCUCGGCGAACCAAUCUAUCAUAAUAAACGUUGGACGGGAGGAUAAAAUAUUAUAUAUAGAGUAAUUGAAGAGGUGGAUGUCGACAAGCUGACAUCUCCAAAUUACGAAAAUGUUCAGAAGGGAUUAAAAAUUAUUUUAAAAAAUUGAAGAUGUCUGGUUGUUGAAUUAGAAAAUGUAACCAAUGGUGACAAAAAAAAAAAAAAAAUAAUAUAUCACGCGAAUGGUUUUAAAUAUGUGUAUUAGUAUACACAAAAUACAGUUAUAAAAUACAAAAGAAGUGAUUUCACAAAUAAAUACAAUGUGACCAAUUUCUGAAAUAACACAUCUUCGGAGAUGUCUUGUUACUGCAAAAAAAAAAAAAACACGUAACCAUUUGUAUUUUAUCUUCGUAUUUAACAUUUCGAUUUGUCUUAUUGUUGCCCUAAUCGGUGGAGAUAUAUUUUUUUUCUAUAAGAACGUACAAUAAAUUGAUUUUUGAAAAAAAAAAAAAAAAACACGAAAUUUCGGGCUUGUUUCACUCACGACUCGUCCUUUAAUUUAAUUUAGAUCUGUAAGUAACUAAAACAGUAACGACCAGAGUGUUAUAAAUAAUCGUAUAUUUUUCAUUUGUCGUCUAAUAGGUUACCUAAUCCGUAAAUAAAAAAAAAUUAAAUUUUUCCCUAUUUAUUAAAAAAAAAAAAAAAAAAAAAAAAAAAAAUUGUUCGCACAGAUUUGAUCAGAAAUGCUAUUAGACAUUUUCUGUAACNCGUAUAUUUUUCAUUUGUCGUCUAAUAGGUUACCUAAUCCGUAAAUAAAAAAAAAUUAAAUUUUUCACCUAUUUAUUAAAAAAAAAAAAAAAAAAAAAAAAAAAUGUUCGCGCAGACUUGAUCAGAAAUGCUAUUAGACAUUUCCUGUAACGUUUUUGAUUGGAACAUAAUUUCUAAUAAAAAAAAGUCGUUUUAAGAUAUCACAAAAAAAAAAAAAACCAUCAUAGUAAUAAAACCAAUACGUUCCUCGCUCAGAAUCUGGAAAUUAAGUUUCACUUGGAAAAAAUUAAUCGUACAACUAUAUAUAACAUUAGGUGUUAUAUGUUUGUUAUGUUUUCCGGUAUCUACGUUAUAUAAACUUUAUAAACGUAAUAAUUAUAAUAUUUGUCCGUUCGAACAAAUGAUAUAGUUGUCGCCUAUUAGAAUGUUAAGAAAAAAUGAAGAAAAAUUAUUAAGAAUAUGCGUACGCAUAAUGAUAUGUAAACGAAUUAUUGGCCCGGUGCACAGCCGCGUAAAUUGAUUAAAGUCACGAAACGACUCGCGCACACACGCGCGGCCGCAGCCUGUGCAACAAAUCGUUAAAGAGGAAAAUCAAAUUUCAACAUGCGAGAAUAUUGCAUUCCGUUUAAACGGUUUUUUGACAAAAAAAAAAAAAAAAAAACAAACAAACUAUACAAUACAAUACAACGCGCACUACCAUCGUGGAAUUCACCGCUACGGUACCUAUUAUACAGUAUGAUGUACCUAAAGGCAUACGUGUACGAGGUAUCCCACAAACGUCAUAGCAUGUAAUAUUAUCGUAUGAUGAUAAUUAUUGUUAUUGCUAUUAUUGUACGAUAAAUCCGGCGUUAAAUAAGGAAUAUCAAAUGGCUGCGGCGUUUUUUUUUUUUUUUUUUUUUUAAUACGUCGUGUGUCUAAAGCCUAUAAAUUUUCAUAAAUAAACAUAUUUGAAUAAAACGUAUAUAAAUAACGUCGUGUUUUGUUUUUUUUUUUUUUAGAUUCCCAGUGUACAUUUACAGCGAGAAAGCAAUUAUUAUUUCCUAGUAAUAUCGCCGUAGUUUUUGAAAUGAUUUGUGUGUGUUUUCCCUUCGGAAAACACCUUCAAAAACGAAUCGGAAAUUCUUGUUAAACAAUGUUUUUUUUUUUUUGUUAUAUAUAUAUAUGCGCAUGGAAUAUAAUAUACUCUAACGGAAUCUCAUUUCGCGUUUCGUAUGUUCAAUGACGAUUCGAAUGUGUAGUGUUUUGUUUUUACAAUCAAAUAUAAUCUUCCGACGAGGUUGCCUUUGAAACGUCGUCGUCUACACGUUGAAUAACAGAUGUUUUGCGUGAUUUUAAAAUCAUUUUCGGUUGUUUCAAGUGAACGCGUUUUUGUUAAAUUGUCCGUUUUGGCCAGAGACGACUCUAAUGAAACAGGCAGCCUCUUAAAUGUAAAAAUGUUUGUCGAAUUACAACGCGCAUUGUUAAUAUUCAAGUUAAGUCAUACAGUCAAAUCGGGUGAAAUAAUAAUAAUAUGCGUGGUAAUCACACCAUCGCGAUAGCGAAAUUAAAAUAAUUGAUAUAUUUUCCCACAACGCGCGCCGUGAUUGGAUAGGAUUUUUUUUCCACCCGUGAUUAGUAUUUUUGCCACGAUGAUAACCAGUUUGUAUAAGUUCCUUAUCGACUCGGCGGUACAGUAAAACGUCUUGAUAACGGAAUCGUUCGGUGCCAGCACAUUUGUCCGUAGUAAUAAAAGAGUUUCCGUUACGGAGGGGACUAAAAUAUACGGGAUAUUGGUUAUGCGGUACUGUUUGUUGUUUUCCGUUUUAAGGAGAUUUCCGCCUUAAAGGGGGUGUUCGUUACAAUGGGGUUUCACCGUAUUACAUUUCGUAAGCGUAAAUUAUGUCGAUAGAGUCAGAACACAUAACUGCUAAGGAUAUAGAUCAGGUAAAUAUACAAAUCGCACUCCCGUCGUCGUUAUUGUGCGUCACACGUCGCGUGACUUAAUGACAAACUCAAAGGCUCGUCGCGGGCAAUAGGUAAGUCUAACGUUAUAUUAUCAUGUGCACACUGUAUCGCGCGAUACUAAUUUAUACUACGAUAAUAUUAUAUACGUGUCGUGUGCGCACGUGCGUGUACCGUAUACGGUGUGAUAUUAUUAUUAAUUAUUUAACGGGUGCUGGUGCCUACCUACACGGACUCCGAGAGUGUUCUACGUGAAACUUGAUUUGCGUACGAAAAUCCGCGGCCGAAAUCCCACCAGAAAUAAUCCCGCACGAACAAAAUAACGCGAAAACACAGAAAACGGAAUUAUUAAACCGAAUUUUCUUGGUAACUUUUCGUUCACAUCUAAACGCCGUUAUUUGUUCGAGGGAAUCCUUCAGAUGCAUUUUUGAAACAAUCCCGCAUAGAAAAAGCACACAAAGAACUGCGCCGCUUGCUGGACCUACGAUUAUCCUGAAACCCUAUUCAAGUAUAGUAUCCUCGGAGUAAUUGAGCAGGGAAGUGAGUUCUGGUUCGUUUUAUUCGUAGUUUUUUUUUUUUAGUAUCUUUAUAAAAAUAGCACAAUUUAACUAUCUCAAAAGCAAAAGAAUAUCCGUAUUGUUGAUAGAAAUGACAACAGCCGGUCAUAUAAAAAAUAAGAUAAUUUUCGGUACAUCCUAAGACGGGUUCUAAUAAAUGCGAAGGAAAAUUUGUCCAUAAAAUCCGUUUACUUUGUAAUUUAUUUCAUUCUGUUUUUGUUUUUUUGUUUCCCGGGAUUUUAUCUUGACACCGUGAAAUUGGCACUGCGAAUUCGUCUAAUCAGUUCAAAAUCGGUGUCGAUAUUUCGCUACUAAUUUUCAACAAUUUCAAACUCCAAUAAACAAAAAAAAUGUAUACAACACGUUAACAAUUUGUUUAACGACAUCAGAAUAAAUUACACGUGGUGGCGCACGCAGAUGACGUAGUGAGAAAAUAUGCGGGGCUUCGUCCGAUGAAAGAACGUUCAAAUCCUUGUAUCAUGAUUUUACAAUUUACUUUAUAUUCCGUUUUCGUUUGUAAUGCGAAAGUAGAUCCGGAUCGCGGUAGCUGGUAAGUGGCAACGCGCAUAAUCACGUAAUAUUAUUAUUUUUUAUGAAUGUGUUGUAUCGCAUAAUUGCUAAGUAAAUAAAUAAGAAAAUUAUCAGACUUUUUAAAUCGUAACACGAUCGCGUCACUUUUAAUGAUAUUUAAUGAUCAUAUAUUGCACGUCAUCCGGGUAAAGUCGCGAAGGUGACUCGGAAAAGUAUUUACUAUUUAGGUAUACGUAGUACCACCGGGAGAAUUAACAAUCGCCCCGAUGACGUACCUAUAUACGUACUGUUAUACAGUCGCCUCCCGAGGACAGGUCAGUUGGGCAUGGCCGGUUUUCCGGUCAGUUACAGGUGACUAAUUUUUAUACGGAUCGACCAAUCGUAGGUAUGUAACCGAAACGGGUCGGUUCUAUAAUAGUUGCCUGCACCCAACCGCCUGCAGGUAUUGAGUAAAUAGAAAUACUGGUUCCGAAAACGGUUUUAAACAAAAAUAUACCGGAAUUUUCGUUUGCAGUUUGCUUUUUCAGGAAGAUCUAUGACAAUAUUAAUUCCGAGUGCGUAAUUCCAUCAUUCGCGUAUAACAGAACAAUAACAAUAUACCGAAAAAGUCAAAAGUGAAAUUUUCGUAUUGUAUUUUUCGCUGAAGUUUCGUUUUUGGGUCGCUUUUUUUUCAGUAAUUUCGUUAUUGGGACCAAAAUACGUUAUGUUACAAUGCCUUUUUAGAAUGACAUUUUCGGUUUCUAAUUUUUUUUUUUUUUUUGUUAGGCACUUUUCGAUAGGUUAUUCCCAAGCAUACGAACGCGGGCCCGACAAUAUUUUAAUACUGUAACAUUAUUCUACACUAUCGUUAUAAUAUUACAGACGGCAUUUUUUACUGGCGGCAGUCGGCCAGAGUCUGCGACGGCUGACGAAAUAUCAUAAUCUCUCAGAGGGGUUCUCCGUCGCAUGCGAGGGGAUUCGCGUUAAUACUCGCGUAUAUACGUAGUUUUCGUAUAUUAUUAUUAUUAUUGUAUCCUAUAAACUGCGCGAUGCGUGUAGAACGGUAUUAUUAUUCCGUCUUUAGUGUUCCCUUUAAAAUAUAACAAUAUUAUAAUGACGACCAAAAAUAAUCGCGCGAGGGGACGACGACGCGCACACGACCGCCGAUAUUCUGCAGCAGACGUCGCGACCUCCUGAGGCGAGACAAUCGGCCGAAAAGUUCCGCCAAAAUGCGCCGUGGCGUGUAAAUCGGCAGCACGACGAUUAUAAUAAUCGUAUACCUAUUGUUACGACGUUAAAAUAAUAAUAUUCUCGUUAUUACAAAAACAUUAUAUUUUAUUCCUCUAACGACCGGAAUGAUAUUAUACCAAACGGGGUGUUCGACCCUCGAUAGGACACUCGUUAUUUCAGAGAGUGUUUUCUUUUUUCGGAAAACUUAUGAAACGAGUAUAGGUUUCAAUUUGAAUAUCAAAAGUGAGUAGCGGUUUCAGCACCGAAAAUACGGGUGAUAAAAAAAACAGUUAUAUAACACAUUAUAGCUACUUGAUACAGAAGUUGUCAAAAAAAAAAAACCAAUACAAAUUAGUAAUUACUUCCCGGGAUAGUGAGUGUAUUAUCGAGGAUUUAUCCGCACAUGCCUGAGCAGCAUAAGUGAAUAGUUUUCCGGCUUCAGCGCGACGACGUAACUAUCUAAAUUUGUGACGAAAAGUUUUUAAGGGCUUGGCCGUUUCGAGUGUAGCCAUGCACAAAGAAAAAAUAAUGACGUGUCCAAUUUUCGCUCAAUGUACGCGCAAUAUAAUAUAAUAAUAUACUCGUGUAUAUUUUUUUUUUACGGCUGCGUGAUCCGUCCAUCAUGGACUAGCGAUUUUUCGCCGAGGAUAUUUUGUGAAAGUCAGAUUUCUAGUUUUUGUCUCAGCCAUUAUACCAGAAUAGGUUUAGGAUUUAUUUUGAAUACACAAUUAUCAAGUUUUUACUUCUGUCUUCUACUAUCGUUAUACAUCUUAAACGAUUAUACACUUCGAUUUUCAAGACGGGGAACCCUUCUCCGCCUUUUUAACAGACAUUCUCGUGGAUUCUCCCAGAAAAUAUCGGAACUGCUUUUUACGAGUUGUAAGUUCAUAGCAGUUUAAAAUUUAGACCAGAGGAGUAGUACAAUAUGCAUAAACAUCAUAUCCGUCUUUAGACGGUAAAUUUAUAGCUCUUAUUCCCGACGCCACCGGUCUAAACCGUAAAUUGUUAUAAUUCAUAAACGGUAAAUCCGAUAGGUAUUAUAGUGUUAUGCGUAUCAAAAUGUAUUAUGGAAAAUUAUUCACUACCCAUUCGAGUCUGUGUUUAAAUUAGAGCUUUCAUGUUAUUAAGUGAAUAUUCAUGUAAGGUAUAAUAAACGAUUCCGUAAUGGUUUAAAGCGGAAAUAAAAUUCACUUAAAAUCCUCCUAGAAUAUCGUUGGUUUGUGAUGAAUGGUUAAUUCUGUAUUAUACAGCAGUACGAUUAUCGGUUUUUCGGGUUUAAAUAUAUUCUGUCCGAUGAUUUUGUAUUUAAAUUCUGUUUUCAGAAAUUAAUAUAAGACCAAUAGUAAAAUACACGUUAUUUUAGUUUUUAACUCACUAUACAAUGCGCGUUUUUUGAUUUUCUUUGUAGUUAUCUUAAUGAACAGAAAAAACUGUCGAUUUUUGUUGAUUUUUAGGUUUCCUUGACGACAAGGAGACAAAAUAUACGACUAAUAUUAUACUCUGUUGAGAAUCGUUUUUCGUGACCGACGGUUUAUCGUCACGUACACGUAAAAAUUAAACUACUCCGUCUAUUAUGUUCUCUUCCAACGUUCCUCCAAAAACAGUAGCACACCCAACAGCAGUAUCAGCAGUUUUUCUGUCGGUUAUUGUUUGUUUCACUACAGCGGUAUAAAUAUUGUAACUUAUAUCUAAUAUGUAUAUAACUAAUAUGUAAUAUCAAUCGAAAAAAACGACUCACGAUUAAUCGAUCAAUCGCACAUUCGAUUGGUAUUGUUUAAUAAGAACAAUCGAUCGUGAAAGAAAAAACAAUCGACCGCCCCUAGGCACACUCAUCGAUACCUGCAUAACAUAAUUAUCAUUAUUACGCGUUUAAAAAACGCACGUAUAAAUAACAAACUCGAAAAACGGUAUUUGGCGAGACGUUGCCACAUCUCGUUAUGCAUACGAUACACUAGCGGUACGUACCGAUUCUAUCACGGACACGGUAUCGAUUUAUAAUAGGAUAUACAAAUAUUAUUCAAAUUUUUUUUUUUUUUUCCAGAAACGUUUCGUCGGUAACGAACGACCGCCACCGCAGUCUGACCGACUGUUCUCGUUCGGACGUGAUUAUGCUGGUAUGGUAAGUAUAUUAUAAUAAUAUUUCGGCAGGUGCAAUUAUCAUAUAGACAGACCGCGAACGGGGCGGAUAUAUAAUCGUAUACUGUAUAAAAAAAACCACGAAAUCGUAACGUAGAGGGGGCUCGCUAUGGGUGCAUACUCGGUCGAGGACGAGGGGAGUUGACUAUUUCUACGUUCCCUUUAAACUCCUCCCCACCUCACGCGGUACACGUGAAACUAUUAUACUAUACAGUUUUGCCCGUGAGAUCAUUAUAAUAUAUUAAAAAAAAAAAAAAAAAACACCUAUGUAUACAUACGCGUUGACGUGAGUUUUUCGGACGAAAUACGAAAAAAAAAAACCCGAUGUAACAAUUACUAUAUUAACAUAAUAAUUAUUGUUGUGCGCCGAAAUUUAAAAGUUUUUAAACGGCUGUAUAAUUUGGCGAGGAAAUUACCGUGGAAACGGAACCGUGACCACCUGCGCGUCUGCCUGUCUCGUUGUGCAACGGCGUAUAUAAUAAUACACAGAAUUAUAAUAUACAAAUAAUACAAAUAUAUAAAUAAUAAUUUGCAUAUUUUAUUUAUUUUUUUAAACAAACAUCGUGCACGUCCUCGACGAACACCAUUACCGCGAGCCGCCUUCUAUUUGUAUACCUAACUUAACCGAUAAUGUUUUUAUAAUUUUUAUCCUUUAAUUAUAAUGCCGAACACACAUUCCGACGUAGUGAGGGGGAGGGGAGGACGAGUGUGUCAGUCUUCCUCUUGAUCUAUUCUUAUUAUCGAACAAACGAAAAUUUAAAUAUUAUUGAUAAUCGUAUUAAUCAAAUUUCGACUGUGAUGAGAAUUGUAUAACUAGAGUUUGAACGUUGAACCGGUUAAAAUAAAGCGAUAAAUCGAUAAAAACCCGAAAAGAAAAACGCGAAAGUAAAAAAAGGGCAAAAAACAUGUUAAAAAUACAACACAAUUUCGUCCACGAGCCUUUCAUAGUACGCGAAAUAAACUUGUAUAUGCCGUAGUCUUAUAUCGGACUAAUAGAAAAAAAAAAAAAUAUAUUACAGCAUCCGAACUCGGAUAUUGAUAACCAACGAGAACGUCGUCGUCGUAUUCGGUCGCGGUUAUUAUACCGUCGUCGCCGGGUUACAAAAUAUGUUUUAAAAUUAAAAAAAAAAAAAUAAUAAUAAUAAUCGCUUAAUCGUCAGAAACAAACUAGACGUUUCCGGUUUUUCGAGUUAAUAAGAGAGAGACGGCUGCGGUGAAUAGUAUCGAUAUUAAAAACACAUUGUUUUAAACAAUAUCAUCUAUUAUAUACACUGUAUAGCGAGUGUAAUAUUAAGAAAGCGAAUUCACAACACGAUACCUAUACGCGUAUACGCACCGAUCGUUAUUUUCGGUAUUAUUAUUUUUUUUUUUUUAAUUAUCGUUUUCGUUAAUUUAUUUAUUUUUCCCCUCUCACCGCCCCCCGGACUAUUCGAAUCGGACUGAAACAGGUGUACCUACCCACCGGCGGCGGCUGUCGUCCCGUAAUCCUCCCCCAGUGAUCUAUUCCUAUACUAACCUACACUGGCUGGCUUCUAUUACUGUCCGUGUACAUUAAGUAGGCGGUCUACCGGCAGCAGCUGUCCAAAUGGGUUUUUAAAUAGGUAUGUAUUUUUAAGAGCACUUUGACAUCGUAUAACAACUCGGAGAAUUCGGCGUUCCACACUAUGGGAUAUGGUGCAGUAGUAAUGGUCUCGAAAAAAUAAAAUAAAUAAUAGUUACGAUUUUAAACCGUAUUAUGCAAUUAUACCCUCUCGUGCCCACAAUAAUGCGUAAUAAUAUGCACAAGUUAGUAUUCGUGUUUAAACUGCGUUACGAUAUUAUCGAGAACUAUUGCGUUCCUUUUAUAAAAUAAUAUAUCAUUUCAUCCGAUUAAAAUAUUAUUGUAUUUAAAUUAUAGUUAUGUUAAGAGUUCGGAUUUAAAUACCCUAAAAACUGCCGGGAAAUGCUGUGAAAAAAUCACCUAAAAAUUCUAAAAGGUCCUUUACAAAUUGAAAACAGUGACACAAAUACAAAAUAAAAGUUUCAAUUUUGUCUGAGCCCUGGUAACUCACAAGAGUCGUUAAUAAAAAAAAAAAGAUAAACUAAUACGUUAUGGAACGGUUAACAAUUUGUAUUGAUGGAGAAUACCUAAAACAUAUUAAACCAAAUUUCUUGAAAACCAAAUUUCUUUCGAGUUAAUUUAUGUAUAUAUAAAAUAACAUGUCCUGACUGACUAACUGACCGACCGAUUCAUCAUCGUCUAGCCCAAACAACUUGACGAAUCGAGCGGGAAUUUGGCACACAGAUAGCUAUUAUGACGUAAACAUCCGCUUAGAAAGGAUUUUUGAAAACUAAACCCUCAAGGAGGUAAAAUAGGGGUUUUUAAGUAUAUUUGGUACGAAUAUCUAAUUACUUAAUUAUUUAUUUUCGUUUAUUCAAGGGUUUCUUUGGUGUUACGAAAAAGAAACCUAUUAUAUUUAUUAUUUUUACUACUAUUCACACUAAUAAAAUGUCACAAUAAAACACAUUUUGUCCACCGAAGGUGGACCACCCACGUUCCACCUAUUUGCUUUCAUUCAAUUCUGACGAGGCCAAAACCAAAAAUGAAUAUGGGUAAAAUAAUAAUAAUACAAAUUGGCACCGGCAACGCCGAGCGCGAGACAGCUAGUAAUGUAUAAAUACCCGUUUUAAACUAAAAAAAAAUUAACAAAAAUACUAAAAUAUGUUUUAAAAAUGCAAAAUAAGGGUUUCACUUUUGAAGUGUCUAACAGUUAGAUGAAUUGUACCUAGAAAUCAUGUUAUAUACGAUUUAUUUUAAUGAAGGUAUAUUAAAAUUGUAGAUGUAACAAAUUUACUAAAUACAUUUUUCUUUCGGGAAAUCAUUGUUGCCCCCCCUCUUUAAUAAAACGAUUAUAAAUUAGGAAACGUUUAUUUUUUUUUUUUUUAACCUCUUACCAAUAAAAAAAUCGUCCAUAUAUAGUUCAAUUUUUCUCGAAAAAAUUGCUAAUUUGGACAUUUGAUAUAGGUAGACAUUUUUUUUUUUUGUCCCGUAUAUUAACAUCUAAAUCGUGUGUUUAUCGAACAGAUAGCUGGAACACCGAAAACGAUAACGAAAAAUAAAACAAUAAUACAGAGGCGUUGACAAGCUCCUAGAGUGAAUAGUGGGGAGAAGGAGGGGCUGAAAAUAUUUCAAAAUGUGUGCACUAUGCGCAUACUCGUCCCACUCUUUAUUUCCAUUAAUAGGUACGUGACGAGUAUUAAAAGGCAUCACCCGUAAAUGUGAUAAAUUAUAAUAUACUGUAACCGGUUUACAAUCGUGGUUAGUACCUAACACAGUUUUAUUUCAAAACGGCCGAAUGAGUUAAUAAUAUUUGUAUUUAUAAUAAUAUAUAAUUAUUAAUAAUUAUGUUUUGAUGAAAGAUGACUAUACUUAUUCAAAUAUCUUCACGGGCUAUAAAAACGGGAUGGUAUGCAGAGUUAUCAAUCCGUCGCUCCUUCUCCCCCCCCCAAAAAAAAAAAAAAACCAAAAGUGUUAUAUUAAAUAUUAUUAUACUUUCAUUUUUUUUAUCGAAUUAGUCGAGUCAACGAGAAUGAAUAACGUUAAAUAAUUUGUUUUUUCUUCUAAUUGGCGAGAAUAUUUUUUGAAAAAAUCGUUUAAAUAUAGAACAUUCGAAGACGGUAAGUCAGUUAAAUAUUGCAUCCGUUUUUUUACAGGAUUAAUGAAGCGAACCGUUUUAUUACGCGCUCGUAUAUUUAACUACGCCACACCGCGAGAAAGAGAUUUAGAGCUGUUUGCGCGUUUAUUAAAGUCAAUCUUUCGUCGCAUUUGUAAAAGACGGAAAAAAAAAGACGUAAAUAUCAUAUUAUUAUAAAUUUAGCACACACGCAUAAUAAUAAUAAUAAUAAUAGUCUGUCGACAAACAAGUAGAUUUGUCUUCUUUUUUUUGUUUUUUUAAAAAAAGCACGCCCAUUUGAAUGAUUAUUCAUAAUAAGAACUUUGAAUGACUGCAUAUUUUACACUAAGAGUUAUAUACGGCCGCGAAUCCGAUGGGAUAUUAAUUUGCCGUACACGUAUUAUUAUAAUUUCUUUUUGGCACACAGGCCGUCGAGUGCUUUUCGCCUUUCGACGCGUACGCGUUUUAAUUAUUAAUAGCGUGUGCGGUAAAAAGUUUUGAAAAAAAAAUAAUAAGGCGAUCACAUGUAGAUCAUCUAUUGCUAACGAAAACCGAUUAUGAAUAAAAAUUUAAUUUUUACGUUUACGAUUUCCGUUAAAAUUUGAUCUUAAAACGUUUACACGACCACUGUGUACAACUAAUAAUGAAAUUCGUGUUGAAUUGACAAGCAUUUUUGUUUGGUCAAAAAAUAAUUGUCUUAUUCACUCAUAGUACCUAUUAAAUAAUAUCUAAAGAAAAAAAAAAUUCGAAAGCGUCAAAUGCCUACAAUGAGCUCAAAAAUCGCUGGAAUGUUUUAAAAAUGUAAUCACGCCGGAAAAAGUCUGAUAUAUCCGCUCCAUAAAAACCGUCUAUGAGACAUAGGCAUGUAGGGAAAUUCGUAUAUCCGUUAUUCCGUUAUCAGUGGCGAUCUCAGGAAUUUCCAUUGCAAAUGGAUAAUAUAUAAAUUAUUUGCGAAAUAAGCCGCAUGAAGACUACGCCCCUAAAGCCCAACAAUAAAUUAGAAUUCAACGUAUUUAGCACAUUACUUUAAUUAUGCUUCAUACAAAACGAAAUGCAUUUAUUUGAAUUCGUACAAACAUUUACAAAAUAUAAAAAAUACAUUUUCGUUAACAAUUACCAAUGUAAAAACAACCAACCGUAAAAUGUUAUCACGAGGCUACGAUUAGUAAUAAUCCUAUUUUAACCUAACAAUCUUUUAUGCGGUACUCAAAAAAAUAAUGACCAUGGGGGGAGGGGAUAUACUCCCCUUGAACGCGACCAUCCGAGUGUGUAUGCGUUGCUCAUUUUACGAGUAUACUGCAGAGACGGCCAUGAUAAUCAUAUGAGGAUCGAUUAUUCGUUCGGUACAUUAUUUUAAAGACAUAAAAAAUAUUGUAAUUAUUAUUUAACUUAAUGAUAUUACGAACCGUAUACUAGUUACAGUGGCUAUAGCAUUACACGACCGAACUGACACACAAACUAUACAUACAGAGUGAUUUUUUUUUAGCAUGAACCAACAAUUUUAUCGGAUGAUUUUAAGUGGAUUUGAUUCCAGUUGUUUUUUUUUUUUUUAAUCGUCAUAGAAUUCUUUAAACUUUUUUUUUUAAUACUAUUUGAAAUUUGUUAUCCACUUUGGAUAUUUAAAUAGAAUCACUUUCAGUCGUAGAUUUAAAUAGAAAACAAUUGUCUAGUAAUUUUGAUAUGCCUAAUUAAAUAGAAAUGUAUGCAGCAUAACAUCAAUAUCAUAUUUAAACCAGAUGAAUAGGGAAUAAUAUAAUAAAUUGUACGUUUAUUUUCAAAUAAUAAAUUGUUUGAUGUCAUAUUAGUGUUGUGCACACAAAACAAUGUCGAAAAGAAUAUUCUCCGUUUGAAUCUGCGAUUGAAAGGGGGGGGGGACGUUAUUUAAAAAUCCGAAGCAGACACUCAUUACAGGUAUAACAGGUAUACAGAUUAGGGAUGAAAAAUCAAAAGCGGUGUCGAAUAAAAACUCAAACGAUUCCGUAACGAUCGAAAAAAAAAAUCAAAUUCAAUUAAAAUUCUCCGAGAAAAUUGCCGGUUCGUAAUAAAACGAUCGCCCUAUAUAGUUGCGGUAUACGAAAUCUAUCGAAUUUUCCAUGGUCGAUAUUAAUGUUUUUUUUUUUUUCUUUAACAUAUAUGUGUAAAUAUUUACGCGGGUGUAUACAUACCUACAGUGUAUAUAUAUACACGUAUAUUAUCUAAUAUAUUUCGGAGAUCUUUUUUUAAAGAUUACGAGACUGUUGAUUCGACAGUACCUGUUGUAUGUAUGUAUAGGUAGGUAGGUGCACGUAAACUCGUUCUUUGUUUGUUUUGCUGUCCUUGACUUGGAAAACUCUCUGUUCACGAUCUCUCGCGUGUAUAAUACCUGCGGCCCCAUGGAAUUUUUACGAGCGAAUCUCCGCGCAGCGAGGAGGCGCGCGACUAUAUAAUAAUAUUACGCGUAAUAUACCUGCAGUAUAGUUCUCAAGGUGAGUUUUUUUAUUUUUUUUUUGUUUACCAGACAUUUUUGCCUUUCGCGAACCACGCAUCGUUCGUAAAAAAAAACCUAUAUUUCGUUAUUAUGUCCGCGCAAGUGCCCGGCGGUUCGGACGCCGAGGCUUAUCGAAAAUGCGCGCGUACUGUUUCGACUCAAAUCAUUUACGAUUUCAAACAAACUACGCGCGGGAAAGGACAAAAUAACACCGUACGUGUUGUGAAAAAAUAACUUUGAAUUUUCUAGAUAAGGUAAUAGUAAAUUAUAAUAUUAUCUUUUUACGCGGAUAAUCAUAGGUACUUCUAGCUACAAAGGAUGUCCAAAAUAUAAAGCACAACCCAAACGUCGCUCAGCAAUCCGUUUCAUUCGUCAAAAUCCGAACACAGUACUCACUUCUUCCAUUCUCAAAUCAUCGUCUCGCCCUCCCAAGGCUCCUUACGUCUCCGCUGCCGAUUCUAAUAAUGUCCCAUUGUUCAAAAACGCUAUUAAUUAUAGUCCUUUUUUAAAAUUUAUUUCGGAACCGUUCGCAUUAAUAAAUCCCUUAAUUUCCCUCAUUAUAGCCACACUGCAUUAACAACACAUUCCAUAGUCCAAUUAUCUCUACCACAAUAAUUUAAUCGCCAUAAUGUUUCUAUUCAUUGAUUAUGAUACCUGUUAUACAUUAUGAUUAUUUUGUAUUGAAAUGCAAAAUAUUUAAGCAUAUUUAAGAGCAUGUUAAUGACUUAUAUAUUUCCUAUGUACACGUUGUCAUGUCUUUCCGUUAUUUUAAGCGUAAUUGAUGGAACUAAUUGUUUUUUUACACAAAGUUCCAAUAAAAAGAAGAAAAAAAUAUACCGUUCACUAUAUACGUAGGUAUCAUCUAUUUGAUAAGCGUUCCAUAAACAUUCGUUGUAAUCAAUUUGCUUAUUGAUAAUUCGGAACGAAUAACAAACGUUUUACCGACAACACCGUUCACCACUACUCACUAUACACUCACCGCGCACAAAUGCAUUCAUUUAAAACCGCCGAAUACGACCGAUCUAAUAAAUAUUUGUAAAUUCGUCUGUUAAGUAACUUGUAACAUUGUCGUUUAAAUAAUACAUUAACAUUAUCGCGGUGAGCCGAUGUGUCUUUUUCCCGGUAUCCGAUAUCUAUUUUCGAUGUUUGAAAUUGAUAACUACUAUGAGCUAAUAUUGAAAUUAACCGAAUAUAUCGGUUGAAAUCCCGAUUUUUUAAUUAUUUUUCCAUAUUCCAGAGAUGUUAUAGAUUAUUUAUUCUCCCGAAAAUACCGGUGUUGAAAAAAAACCCACCAUCCAAUGUUCCGAAAUUCUCAAAAUCGGCCAAUAUAGUACGAUAUCGGCUUAUACCGGUACUCACCGCUCAUGGACGUUAUUAGUUUAUAAUUAAUACCGCCAUCAUUCGUCACUCGAAUGAAGUCAAAUACCUCGGUCUUACUUUUGACAGGCGCCUAACCGGGUCUCCGCAUCUUAAAGACAAGCGUAAGAAACUUAAUUCCAGACUAUAUCUGUUAAGGCCCCUCCUUCGUUCCAACCUAACCAUGCCCAUCAAAAUCAUUCUAUAUAAAACUCUUCUUCAACCGAUAUGGACACACGGUAUCGUUGUACGGGGCUCUACCAAGACCUCAAAUAAAAGAAAUAUACAAUCAUUUCAAAACAUCUGUCAACGAUUGAUCACUGGUGCACCCUGGUUCGUUUCAAAUGCGACCUUAAAUUCCGACCUCAAAUUACCUUCCACCAAUGAAACUGCUGCUACCUACAACAAACGCUUCCGCGCCAAACUUCAAUGUAAUCCCAACCAACUAAUUAACGAUUUAGCUUCACUAACACUUCUUG